CGCGCAUUUCCAACACCUUGUCCUGCUGGUGUCCUGCUGGUCUGUCCCUAUAUCUUCACCGGCGCCUUAUACGGUAGCCCCGCGUGGGAUGUCUGCAGCAUGCAUUUCUGCGCCGGAACUCCCCAGGAUUUUUCUGGUAUUGGAACCAGGAGUUCGGGGGUCCAAAAUCACGCGUUGCGUUUUCCCAAGCCAUUUGUGCUCUUUUUUGGGGCUGAGUGAGAGAGUGUUGGUCGCGACGUGCCAUGUCACUGAUAUCGCCACACCAGGUGACCGGGAAGUGGAAGCAUAGCUCUGCAGGCGAGAUAGAGAUCCAGUUGGACGGAACGGGUAAGAAUUUGACAAUAAACCACCCCACGUUGGGGAAGCAGACGAUGGAUUUGGUAAAGUUCUGCCAGGGUGAUGGCCUUGAUUACUUCGGGUUCACGGGCAAGUUGGAGGGCGACGGGACCACGAUCAAGUGGAACAACGGCGUCACGUGGACCAAGAUUACAGGGUAGCAGGCUUCCUCCCACCACGGAUGCACGUCAUGGCCGCCAGGGCCCACAUCGCCUCUUGAGGUGUGGCAAAGUGAGCUGCUGUUGCUGCCGCAGACGUUGUGAGCAUCAGGCCUUUAGCAGUGGUGCUUCUGCCAUCGUUUUUCUGCACCACACGGCGCGACUUUUGGAGUUUAGUUCGCAGCCUGAUACAAUUCCAUCAAGUCAACUACCCCUCUCGAGGUGCCUGGACCCAUUCCAGCGGGCGCCGGCGAUGAAACAAGAAGAAAGCAUCACACAUUGUGUUUCGCGUAUGGUUUUCACAUUGCUUUGUUCGGAGUGUUGUUUGGCAGAGCUGCUAUAAGAUGACGAUCCAUGCGGGACGACAAUAUAUUAACCCCUACGUGUCCCGAUUCAUUUCUACAGACGUCAGCGCGUGGCGAUUGUUAUCAUUGUGCUGGUCCCAGAAGCAGCACCAGUAUCAAUAGCACUAGCGGCUCAAGCCGACGUUGAUUCGCUGAUUGUCGAUAUUGCACAAACCCCUCUGGCAGCCUGCGUGCUGUAGCAAACUCAGUGCUUCCAACAUGUCAACCUUGAGAAUCAUGGCCAAGUUGUCCUGUGUGCUGGCUUGCCUCGUAUUCACGCGGGCCGUCGCGGGCCAGCAGGCCUACGGGUCAACGUCUCGCGGGAAGGCCGGGAAGCGGGCAUCUUGUGAUUGCAUGAACUGGGCGGGGGUCUAUUACGACAUGCUCGCCGGGUGUGGCCGCGCCCAGGAACUUUAUUUCCUCAGCAAGUUCGGUUUCUCGGCUGCCUACGCCGCCACCGAGCCGAUCGCAGGCUUGCCGCACAAAAUCUGCAACGACUUCCUCAAGAAUUUCAAGAACGACUCCUGCAUCAACGUGGACCUGCUCCCCUUUCCUGCGGAUGCGAUGACCGACAAGCAGUGGUGUUACGUGUCCAACGAUUGCGACACCCUGAACGGCGGAGAUUACGCCACCAACACGAUGGGCUUCCAGCUGGGCGGGUGGAACAACCUCGCCAGCACGAGCAACCUGUCAUGGAAGAUCUGCGAUCCAGUCGCGGACGCGAGCAAGAUGCUGAAGUACAAGACGCCCGGGGAGUUGCUGGAAAUGUGCCUGAAGGACGACAUCAGCUGUUCUCGCAUCUUCAGGCUGGCCUACCCCGUCGUGGAGAUAACGUGGGGCGAGGCCCAAUAUUUGAUGGAGGGCAUCGACGGGGCUUGGACGCCUGGCGCAGACCUGACCACUCUGAUCGCCGGGCUACCAGCUCCGAGCGCCCCCUUCACCAGGCUCGUGGAGGUGCACGCGAACAUCAGUGACAUUGUGGUUUCCGAGCAGGCCACGAUCCUCGACUCGCCAGGGCAUGGUGACAACUUCCAUGUGAUCAAGGGCCGCGAGGUGUGGAAAGUGCAGCGGCUGGGCUACGACACUUGGAACGUGAUCAGCGGCCGCCCGUACGAGUUGGGUGACAUGGCCUACCUCGGCGGCCACUUCUCCCUGGAGUUCACCGUGACCUGCGUCCUGGGCUGUGCCCCGGGACGCCUGGAGAUGGUCGACCGCCCUGUCCUCGACCUGGAGACGAUGUGAGCGGGCGCUGGACAGCAUAGGCGGAAGGGGACUGAUUGCUCGCACCUGGCAUCGCGAGACUCUCGGUCAAGGGCACGACAGUCCCUUUUUGUGGCCGUUGCUUCUGCUUAUUCACUUCCUUUUCCUCAUCAUCAAGAUGAUUAUCUCCCUCCCCUCCUUAUCCUCGUCCUCCCUCUGGUGGUUCCGUUUGCUUGGUUCUAGCCCGUCUCACAUUUGGGUGUUUGUUGCGCCGUCUUGCCCGCCACAGCGGCGGGUGUCGGCGCUGCACCAGGCAAGAAUUGCAAGCGGCAGGCGCACGUGUUGAUGAUGCGACUGGCUUCCUGAGCGCCAUCCGGGGUGGAAUACCAGUGCAAGCAGCAUUGGCGUUGGUAGCAGCAGCUGCAGCAUCACCGGCAGCCGCAACAGGAGCCGAAGCAGCAUUACCCGUGGCAAAAGCAUUAGUUUCCGCCAAAGCCGCAUCAUCAACAGCAACCGCUUCAGCAGUUGUGACAAAGGAGAAGGAGGAGGAUCAGUAGUUGGCCGGAGAUGUCUGCCCGGUCUGCUCAACAUUGUCAUUCGUGUCGUCCCGUCCGCUCUGUCUGCACGAUCACCGUUAUCCCAGGCCACACUAGCCAUCCGAAAUUUUGGUGUCGAUGGCCCUCUGUAUUUUCGCAGGCGUUCUUACAGGCUCCACUGCACCAUCCUUGCG